AUGUUUUUAGAAGAAAAAAAGAAUAGAGAAAGAGAAAGGAAGAAAAAAAAAAAAAUUCUGCGAUUUAAAUGCGAUUUAUAUUCGAUAUUAAAUUAUUUCGAUUCGCAACGUACGAGUAUUAUGAAAACUCUUUUAGCGAAUUAUGAUAAAUUCAUUUUUCCGACAAAUCAGUCAACGAAUGUUAUUGUUGAAAAAAUAGUGACAGUUCAAGAUAUAAGUUUAUUGUCCGAGAUAACAUCGUCGUUCAUUGUGGAUCUUUGGUUCUCGCAAAUUUGGGAAGAUCCUCGAUUAAUUUAUUCGCAUUUAUCGUGCAAAAAAAAUCUUAGUUUAGAUGAUUCGAUCGUUAAUAGAUUAUGGACGCCAAAUAUUUGCUUUAUUGAUAGCGAAUAUUCAUAUAUACAUACAUCACCUGAAACCAAUAUUCUUCUCAUAAUUUAUCCUAAUGGUCGAUGUGCGAUGAAUUUGGAAAAAUUCCCACAUGAUAGCCAACAAUGUCAACUUGCUCUCGAAUCUUGCGGUUAUUCAACGAAUGAAGUACGAGUAAGAUGGAUGAAAUGGUUUCCAAUCACAAUUGCAAACGAGUUUCAAUUAACCGAUUUCCAAUUUGAACACGUUAUGCAUGGUCGUUCAAAACGUUUUUCUUCGGGUGGCACGUGGGAUCAUUUAACAAUCACUUUUACUUUUAAACGUUUAUAUGGAUUUUAUAUUUUACAGGUGUAUUUUCCCAGUUGCCUUUCUGUAUUUAUUUCAUGGAUCUCUUUUUGGAUUGACGGUCGGGCACUUCAAGCACGAAUAAUCUUGAGUGUUAACGCUUUCAUGGCGCUAACAUUCCAGAUGGGCAAUAUUAUUAAAAAUCUACCUCGAGUACCAUAUAUUAAGGCAAUCGACUUAUGGUUUAUCACUUGCUUCGCUUUCAUAUCUUUAAAUCUUUGUGAAUUAGCAAUAAUUGAACUUUCCCAAGAAACUCGUAGAGAUCAAAUUAUCACAGCACAAAAUACUUAG